GGGGCCAGCUUCUGAUUUUGAGACCAGCCUUCCUAAAGCUGGUUAGUCCCAUCACUCCAAUUACCUUUAAGUGAAUCUCCACACUGUCAACAUGUUAUUGCAGGUUUAAUUUCCGUAAACACUGGAAAGGAUGAUGCCAAAUUAUCAUUUGCUGAAAUGAUUGUAUGCCUAGACAACCCAAAGAAAUUAACUGAAAUGCUACAGAGCUAAUAAGGUGUGUGUGUGUGUGUGUGUGUGUGUGUGUCAUUUUACAAAUGAGAAACCGAUGAGCAAGGAGGGAUAGAUCCAGGCAGUCAGCCCCAUGGUCUGCACAUCUAACCAGCGGGCAGAUGCUUAUGGUAAUAAACAUUUCCAGAACGAGACGCAGGUGUCCUUUUAACACCAUUCCGAUUUCAGGGAGAGCUUGCCUGGCGCCCUCCGAUUCCCACUAGAGGAGACAUCGCCAUGCUCCAUCCACAAAUAGUGCCACCUGCUCCUGUAGCCCCUCCUGACAGGCCGUGUAACCAUCGGUACAGUAACCUGUGAUCAUCAAGCCUCUUCCUGCGCAACGGAGCGACUCCGCCAAGCCUCCUGGCACCAAUGCCUACGCGGGAGUCAGAAUAAAAACACUGGGGCUCCACCAUCACAAGUGAGUCCACCGGGUUCCGGGCCAUGUGGGCUUCGGGGGCGCCCCAGGCGGGGGCGGGCUCUGCCUGACAACACACCUUCCGCCCGCCGACCGCGCCGCGCCGCCCGGGUUCCCGCGGUGUCCACCUGGCUGGAGCUCGACCUGGCGCUCCGCCGCCCCCGCUCGGUCUUCCGCGUUCCCACGCUCCCUUGCGCUAAGGACACGUCCGCCGGUCCCGCAGGGCCCUUCUAGGCCGCCGUGGCGCCUCUCUAUGAUCCGUCGCCGCGUUGCGAGGGGAUGUCAUGGCGGCCGGCGUCGAGUUGGCAGGAUUUGCUCACAGAACCGGGGGAAGGCACUGAAGCAGAGGAAGAGGUGGCCCAGCUGGACGGCGGGAAGUCGCGGGCAUGAGCCGAGGCCCCGCGGGGGUGGCCGUGUGACAGGAGGCGGGCCCCCGAGAGAGUCCCAGGCCGGGCCUCCGCGUUUCUAUGCGGAACGGGACGUCGGCGGGGGAGCCCCCGAAGACGCCCGCGUUGCCUAGGAACCCCGCCCCGUGUCCUCGGCUCCUGAGGGCGUAGAGUGUGGAGCGAAGGCAGCCGCCAGAGGACAUUUGGCGGGGUCGUCCGACGGCGCCGGGCGCGUUUUCCCGGAGCGGAGCGGGGCGUUGUCUAACCCGCGGCGAUGUCGUCCUGGCUGGGGGGCCUCGGCUCCGGCCUGGGCCAGUCGCUGGGGCAGGUCGGGGGCAGCCUGGCUUCCCUCACUGGCCAGAUUUCAAACUUUACGAAGGAUAUGCUGAUGGAGGGCGCGGAGGAAGUGGAAGCAGAAUUACCUAAUUCCAGGAGAAAGGAAAUUGAAGCCAUUCAUGCAAUCUUAAGAUCAGAGAAUGAAAGACUAAAGAAACUUUGUUCUGAUCUAGAAGAAAAGCAUGAAGCUUCUGAGCUUCAAAUAAAGCACCAAUCUACCAGUUAUCGAAAUGAACUACAACAGAAAGAGGUGGAAAUCAGUCAUCUUAAAGCAAGACAGAUUGCACUACAGGACCAAUUGCUAAAGCUGCAGUCCGCUGCCCAGUCUGUAAAUUCAGGAGCUGGCAGUGUGCCCACAACCACUGCAUCAUCAUCAUUCAAUUAUGGUAUCAGCCAUCAUGCUGCCGCUUUCCACGAUGAUGACAUGGACUUUGGUGAUGUAAUUUCAUCUCAACAAGAAAUAAACAGAUUGUCAAAUGAAAUUUCAAGGCUUGAAUCUGAAGUUGCACAUUGGAGGCAUAUUGCUCAGAUUUCUAAAGCACAAGGAUCAAGCAGCUCGGAUCAAAGUGAAAUUUGCAAACUGCAAAAUAUAAUUAAGGAACUUAAACAGAACCGAAGUCAGGAAAUAGAUGAUCAUCAACAUGAAAUGUCAGUAUUACAGAAUGCACAUCAACAGAAAUUGGCAGAAAUAACGCGUCGGCAUCGAGAAGAAUUAAGUGAAUAUGAAGAACGAAUUGAAGAACUGGAAAAUCUGUUACAACAAGGUGGCUCAGGAAUUGCGGUAACUGAUUACCCUAAAAUCCAUGAGAUGCAAAGAACUAUUCAAGUUCUACAAACUGAAAAAGUAGAGUCUGCAAAAAAAAUAGAAGAACUUGAGAAACAAAUAAAAGAUAUAAGUAAAAAAUUAUCGUCUUCAGAAAAUGACAGAGAAGUUUUGAGGAAGGAACAAGAACGACUAAAUGUAGAAAACAGGCAAAUAAGUAAAGAAUGUGAAAGCUUGAAACUGGAAUGUAGUAAAUUGCAGCCUUAUGCUAUGAAGCAAAGUGACGCUGUGAAGGAAGAGGAAAGCAUUCUUCCACAGAGCACAUCACUGGAAGAAGAGGUGUUCAGACUACAGCAGGCACUGUCUGAUGCUGAAAGUGAAAUAACAAGACUGAGUCAUUUAAACCAGGAUAAUCUCACUGAAGACAAUCUGGAACUUAAAAUGCGUGUUCAAGUUUUAGAAAAAGAGAAUUCAUUAUUGAUUCAAGAAAAGGAAGAGCUUCACUUAUCACUUUUAAAAUUAAACAAUGAAUAUGAAGAAAUUAAAAGUACAACUGUGAGAGACAUGGAUUUGGAUUCAAAAUUACAUGACUUAAGACUUAAUUUGGAGGCAAAGGAACAAGAGCUCAAUCAGAGUAUUAUCGAAAAGGAAGUACUGAUAGCUGAGUUAGAAGAACUGGAUAAGCAGAACCAAGAAGCUACAAAGCACAUGAUUUUGAUAAAAGAUCAGCUAUCAAAACAGCAAAAUGAGGGAGAUAGCAUCAUCAAUAAACUAAAAAUAGACCUAAAUGAUGAAAAAAAGAGAGUUCAUCAACUUGAAGAUGAUAAAAUGAACAUUACUACAGAGUUAGACGUACAGAAAGAAAAGUUAAUUCAAAGUGAACUGGUCCUAAAUGACUUGAAUUUAACCAAGCAAGAGCUAGAGGAUAAAAUAGAAGAUUUAGUAGAUCAACUGAAUAAAUCACAAAACAAUAAUUUAAAUAUCCAGAAGGAGAACUUUGAGCUUAAGGAACAUAUUAAACAAAAGGAGGAGGAACUUUCUAGAGUCAGAUGUGAAAUAACUCAGCCUCUUAAUCAAGACUCUAACAGUAAUCUUAAGGAUGACUUACUUAAAGAAAGAGAAGCUGACAUCAGAAACUUAAAGCAAAAUCUUUCAGAAGUAGAACAGCUCAAUGAAAAUUUAAAGAAAGCUUCUUUUGAUCUCAAAAUGGAAAAUGAAAAGUUGGUUUUAGCAUGUAAAGACUUAAGACUUCAGUUGGAAGAAUCUAUUGCUGGUAACAAUCAGAUUUCUCUAGAAAAAAACACCAUUUUGGAGAGACUAAAAACGGAAAAAGGACAGUUAGAAGCAGAAUUGUGUCGGGCUGAAAAGAGGCUGUUGGAAGAAGCAAACAAGUAUGAGCAGACCAUUGAAGAACUGUCAAAUGCACGGAACUUGAGUGCCUCUACUUUACAGCUGGAACAUGAGCGCUUAAUUAAGCUCAGUCAAGAGAAAGACUUGGAAAUCGCAGAACUCAAGAAGAAUAUUGAGCAGAUAGGUAUUGAUCAUACAGAGACUAAGAACAUUUUGUCAUCUAGUUUAGAAGAGAGGAAGCAAUUAACACAACUUAUUAAUGAGAAAGAAGUUUUUAUUGAAAGACUUAAAGAGAGAAGUUCAGAGCUCCAGGAUGAGUUAGAUAAAUAUACUGAAGCCUUAAGAAAAAAUGAAAUUUUGAAGCAAACCAUAGAAGAGAAAGACAGACAUCUUGGAUCCAUGAAAGAAGAAAAUAAUCACCUAAAAGAAGAACUGGAACGACUCAGGGAACAGCAGAGUCGAGCUGCACCAGUGGCUGAGCCUAAAACCCUUGACUGUAUUACGGAACUUGAAUCUGAGAUAUCUCAAUUGAAUAUAAUAAAGGAUAAUCUUGAAGAGGAAAUAAAACAGCACCGAAAGAUAAUUGAAGAUCAAAACCAGAGUAAAAUGCAACUGCUUCAAUCUUUACAAGAGCGUAAGAAGGAAAUGGAUGAGUUUAAAUACCAGCAUGAGCAAAUGAAUGUCACGCACACCCAACUCGUAUUAGAGAAAGAUGAGGAAAUUAAGACUUUACAAAAAACAAUUGAAGAAAUCAAAACCCAGUUGCAUGAACAAAGGCAAGGUAUUCAAACAGAGAAUUCUGAUAUUUUUCAAGAAACAAAAGUUCAGAGCCUUAACAUAGAAAAUGGAAGUGAAAAACAUGAUUUAUCUAAAGCUGAAACUGACAGAUUAGUUAAAGGAAUAAAGGAACGAGAAUUAGAGAUUAAACUUCUAAAUGAAAAGAAUAUAUCUUUAACCAAACAGAUUGAUCAGCUGUCCAAGGAUGAGGUUGGGAAGCUAACUCAAAUUAUCCAACAGAAAGAUUUGGAGAUUCAGGCUCUCCACGCUAAAAUUUCUUCAGUUUCCUACAACCAGGAUAUUGUUUACCUUCAACAGCAGCUUCAGGCCUUCGCUAUGGAAAGAGAACAAGUAUUAGCUGUUUUGAAUGAGAAGACUAGGGAAAAUAGCCAUCUUAAAACAGAAUAUCACAAAAUGAUGGAUAUAGUUGCUGCCAAAGAAGCAGCCCUCCUUAAGCUGCAAGAUGAAAAUAAGAAAAUGUCUACUAAAUUUGAAGGUGCUGGCCAGGAAAUGUUUCGAGAAACUGUUCAGAAUUUAUCUCGUAUCAUUCGAGAAAAAGAUAUUGAAAUAGAUGCAUUAAGUCAGAAAUGUCAGACCUUAUUGACAGUUUUACAAACAUCCAGCCCCAACGAUGCGGUGGGAGGUGUGAAUAGUAAUCAGUUUGAGGAGCUUCUACAGGAGCGUGAUAAAUUAAAACAACAAGUAAAAAAGAUGGAAGAGUGGAAGCAGCAGGUAAUGACCACAGUACAGAAUAUGCAGCAUGAAUCAGCCCAGCUUCAAGAAGAACUCCACCAGCUUCAGGCACAAGUGCUGGUAGACAGUGACAAUAAUUCUAAGUUACAAGUGGACUAUACUGGCCUGAUCCAAAGCUAUGAGCAGAAUGAAACCAAACUCAAAAUUUUUGGGCACGAACUAGCGCAAGUUCAGCAUAGCAUAGGGCAGCUUUGCAACACCAAAGAUCUUCUUUUAGGAAAACUUGAUAUUAUCUCACCUCAGUUCUCUUCUGGAUCAUUGCUUGCCUCCCAGUCUGCAGAGUCUCUUAAGGCAGCUAAGUCUGAAACAUUAAGUGAAGCUCCUCAGCAGGAGAUAGAAGAGCUAAGAAAGUUGCUGCAGGAGAAAGAUACAGCAAUUAGAACGCUCCAGGAAAAUAAUCACAGACUGUCGAAUUCAAUCGCUGCCACCUCAGAGCUAGAAAAAAAAGAACACGAACAAACAGAUUCCGAAAUUAAACAGCUGAAGGAGAAACAAGAUGUUUUGCAAAAGUCACUUAAAGAGAAAGACCUCUUGAUUAAAGCCAAAAGUGAUCAAUUACUUUCUAUAAAUGAAAAUUUCAAAAACAAGGUGAAUGAAAAUGAACUUUUAAGGCAGGCAGUAACAAACCUGAAGGAGAGGACAUUAAGUUUAGAAAUGGACAUUUGUAAAUUAAAAGAGGAAAAUGAAAAAAUAGUAGAAAAAACUAGGGAAAAGGAAACAGAAUAUCAAGCAUUGCAAGAGACUAAUAUGAAGUUUUCUAUGAUGUUGCAAGAAAAAGAGUUUGAGUGCCACUCAAUGAAGGAGAAAGCUCUUGCUUUUGAGCAUCUACUGAAAGAAAAAGAGGGCGAGACAGGGGAGUUAAAUCAGCUUUUAAAUACGGUUAAGUCAAUGCAGGAGAAGACGGUUACAUUUCAACAGGAGAGAGAUCAAGUCAUGUUUGCCCUGAAACAGAAACAGAUGGAAAACACUGCUCUGCAGAAUGAGGUUCAACAUUUACGUGACAAAGAAUUACGCUUAAACCAGGAACUAGAGAGAUUGCGUAACCAUCUUUUAGAAACAGAAGAUUCUUACACCCGUGAAGCUUUGGCUGCUGAAGAUAGAGAGGCUAAUCUAAGAAAGAAAGUCACAGCAUUGGAGGAAAAGCUAGUUUCAUCCUCUAGUGCAAUGGAAAAUGCAAGCCAUCAGGCCAAUUUGCAGGUAGAGUCAUUGCAGGAACAAUUGAACGUAGUCUCCAAGCAAAGGGAUGAGACUGCCCUGCAGCUUUCUAUGUCUCGAGAACAAGUAAAGCAGUAUGCUCUAUCACUCUCCAACCUGCAGAUGGUACUAGAGCAUUUCCAGCAAGAGGAAAAAGCUAUGUAUUCUGCUGAACUAGAAAAGCACAAACAGCUUGGAGCUGAAUGGAAGAAAAAGGCAGAAAAUUUGGAAGGAAAACUGAUAUCAGUACAGGAACGUUUGGAUGAAGCAAAUGCUGCAUUGGAUUCAGCAUCAAGACUCACAGAGCAAUUAGAUUUAAAGGAAGAACAAAUUGAACAACUUAAAAAACAAAAUGAGCUCCGACAAGAAAUGCUGGAUGAUGUACAAAAAAAAUUGAUGAACUUAGUAAACAGCACAGAAGGAAAAGUAGACAAAAUCCUAAUGAGAAACCUCUUCAUUGGACAUUUCCACACACCAAAGAACCAGCGUCAUGAAGUGUUAAGAUUAAUGGGAAGCAUUCUGGGUAUCAAAAGGGAGGAUAUGGAACAGUUGUUGAAUGAAGAUCAGGGCGGAGUUACCAGAUGGAUGACUGGGUGGCUUGGAGGAGGAUCAAAAAGUGUCCCCAACACACCUCUGAGACCAAAUCAGCAAUCUAUGUUUAAUAGUUCUUUUUCAGAACUUUUCGUUAAAUUUCUAGAAACAGAAUCUCAUCCGUCUAUUCCACCACCAAAGCUUUCUGUUCAUGAUAUGAAACCUUUAGACUCACCAAGAAGGAGAAAAAUAGAUAUAAAUAUACCGGAAAGUUUUAAAGAUACGACAGAACCCAGGUCUGGGAGAAGAACAGAUGUGAGUCCGUUCUUGGCUCCCCGCUCUGCAGCUGUGCCUCUCAUGAACCCGGCUGGACUUGGACCUGGUGGGCCUGGGCACCUCCUUUUGAAACCCAUCUCAGAUGUGCUGCCCACGUUUACGCCUUUGCCAGUGUCGCCUGACAACAGUGCCGGGGUUGUGUUGAAGGACCUUUUGAAUCAAUAGAUGACUCUCAAGCCAGAGACGACAUGCACAGCACUUUAGAGAAACACUAAACGUAGGUACUUAAUCACGAAGUGGCCUUUUGGAAAAAGUCAUGUAUUUGUUUGCAGUUGUACUUUCUUUAAAUUUAAUAAAACAUAUUCUUAUUGUUUUUAGAAAUUACAGGUGUCACAGGAGGAAGUGUUUGUUAUAUAUUUUUUCCCUUCUCUAAUUUAACCUAAUUCAGGCUAGAAACAUUUGAUUUUUUUAAUCUUAACUUACAGAAGUAAGUAAAAUAAAAGUAGCUAUAUGUCAGCUUUUAAUUUUCUUCUCUGAUUUUCAAGUUAAUUUAGGCUAGUCGAGAUAUGUGGUUGUCUUUUAAAGAUAAUCAUGAGAUUUACACCUUCCCCCCCCCAAAAAAAAAAGAAAAGAGAAGGAAGAAGAAGUAAUAGAUAGCUAUGGCUUCACUGCAUCAUGCAGAAAAUUUAUAAGAUGAUUACAUGGUAAUCAUCUGUAUAGAGGACUUGGUGUAGACAGGACAAGAGCAAGGUUGCCCCUGGGAGGACAUAGGUGUCCUGAGGGGGAAUGUGUGUAUUUUGUUCUAUGCACCGUUAUCACAUGUGUAAAUCCAUGUGACCUCCCCUACAGAAAAGAUACACCGAGAACCCCCCGUGUUGCCCUUUUACGGUCAUAGCCACCUCCUUCCUUAGCCCCUCCCUUAACCUGUGGCAACCACUCACUGUUCUCCCAUUCUGUAGAGUGCUAUGUAAAUGGAAUCCUAUACGAUGUAACCUUUUUUGAGAUUGACUUUUUUCACUCAGUAUAAUGCCCUUCGAAAUCUAUCCAAAUUAUUGCAUGUAUCGGCCUUUCUCUUUUUAUUGUCAAGUGCAUACUAUGGGUAUAUGAUUUGGUUCUAAGAGCUAAGUUAUCUUUUUAAAGUUAUCUUAAAACUACCAGUACUUGUUUUUUCACACCUAUACACACAACUGUCAUGUAAGUGUUAAAUCAUACAGGUGCAUUUACGGAACUAUAAUUAGUAAUAUCACCAAACACGGCCCCUCCUUCCUCUGUCUGAGCUGUCCAUGUGAGAGGUACCGUAUGUCAGUCCAGGAGUUGUCCACUCACAUCUUCAUGGUCAUCAAGGGUAGUGGAAUUACUUCAGCAACACCAGCACCUGGUGUUUGGAACUUAAGAAUAAGGGAGUAUUUCUUUAAUUUUUUAUAAUCCUGUCA